CGUCUGGCGUCUCAUAAAGACACAACGCUUUCUUCCUACGCAAAUAACCGUACAAUUAACGAAAAUGGCUGUAGACGUGUGCCACUAUGAUGUUCUAAGAAAUGAAAAAUACGGCCGUUAUCUUGUCGCGAAUAAGGAUUUGGAAUGCGGCGAAUUAAUUUUCACAGAUACUCCACUGGCUGUGGGACCGAAACCAGAUACUCCACCGCUAUGCUUGGGAUGUUACUGUCCCGUGGAAAAUACAUUGUGCACACGAUGUGGUUGGCCGAUUUGCAGCGCUGAGUGUAAACAGUCUCCGCACCACCUGCCCGAGUGCGAAGUGUUUAGUGUAGCUAAAGUGCGCUUUCAACCGGUAGAAGAUUGGGCUGCCAGUUCCCCUCAACUUGACUGCAUUACUCCUUUGAGAUUGUUCUUAGCAAAAGAGAAGGAUCCAGAAAGAUGGAAAGAGGAAGUAAACGUUAUGGAAACCCACAAUGAGGAACGACAGAAGCGACCUACUUGGGAUGCUGACCAGAACAACAUCGUCAACUAUCUGGUAGACCACUGCAAACUGGGAGACAGAUGCUCCCGAGAGUUGUUAACACAAAUAUGCGGAAUUUUAGAGGUGAAUGCCGUGGAAAUUCCUUCGCGGGGUGGUUUUAGCAUUCGAGCAGUGUACCCACGGCUGGCCAUUGCCGCUCACUGCUGCGUGCCCAAUAUCGUACACACUAUUCUCCAGAAUGAUUACCAGGUGCAAAUAAGAGCAGCAAUUCCCAUCAAGACCGCUGAACUCCUACAUAUAAGCUACACUCACGUGUUAUCUCCUACCAUCGUCCGACGCGAACACAUCCUGGAGUCGAAGUUCUUCAGCUGCGAAUGUGCCCGCUGCGCUGAUCCUACUGAACUCGGGACGCAUCUGAGCACUCUUAAGUGCAGCAAAUGUGACAACGGUGUCAUACUUGCAACCAAUCCUUUAGAUAACGAAGCUUCGUGGAACUGCACCGACAAGAACUGCGGGUUCAAGACAUCAGGAGCCGCGAUGCGAAAGAUGCUGGCUGUUGUGCAGGCCGAGGUGGACCAACUGGACGCCUUGGAACCCGGACCCAGUGCUAUUGAAAUGCGAGAGGCAACUCUCAACAAAUACAAAUCCGUAUUUCAUCCACGACACUACAUACUGCUUUCUAUGAAGCACGCACUGGCACAGCUGUACGGCCGCGUCGAAGGUUACACCUUGGACGAGCUACCAGACCUCGUUUUGGAACGAAAAGAAGAGUUCUGCCGAUUAGUACUGAAGACUCUUGACGUUAUAUCGCCGGGGGAAACUAGAAUGCGAGGUAUGAUGAUAUACGAGCUCCAUGCACCGCUGAUGUACCUAGCAAGAAGCGAGUUCGCAGCCGGGCUCAUAACUCAAGACAAGUUGAAGGAACGUUUGCAAGAGCCGUUACAAUGUUUGUUAGAAGCUGCUCGCAUACUAAGCAGAGAGGACCCCCAGAGCCCUGAAGGCAUUACUGGCAGCAUUGCACUCCAGUCUAUGGAACAACUCAAAUCUAGUCUUGAUUGUUUGUAGUAUUGUUGGCGUCUAUGUAUUCGUCUUAUACAUACCUACUUUAUUGUUAUUACCUAUAUGUUAUAUAAAGUUAACAAGGUUCCACAAGCCGAACCGAAAUCAAAAUUUUAGAACCUGCAUCGUUCAGGCUAACGUUGCUUCAAUUCCAAUUUAACACCUGCGUGUCAAGCGUCAAGUGAAGGCAGGAUGCCUUCGACGCCUAAAUUUUAAUUUCUACAUGUAGAUAAAUCAGUUAGUCCAAAAUUUCAUGAAUAUACAACGUGUAACGGAAUUAAGAAAUACUGGUAAAGGGUGCUAGCUUUUAUCUACAACCCUAUUGUAGAUAAAAGACCGACACGUGCAUAGUACCUACGCUACGCGAAGCGUUUCUCAUAAAGUGACACGAGUUACUUGAUUUUACUUUUGCAUGCGAUU